AUUGAUAAGUAAUCAACACCUAACGACACUGCAAAAUCUUACGUACAAUCUAAGUCUCACACAAAUCCGAUUUAUUCAUUUAAUUAAGGAAUCAAAGAAUCAUUCCUUUACCUUUGAUCUUUACUUACUUCGCCUUUCAUUUCAAUUCAAGUAUUACUAAUCUGCAAGCCAAAGCAAAAAGCACAGAGACACAACCCCCCAAAAAAUAUUCAAUAAAUAUUCGUGAUCCCAUAGUUUUGAAUGUUAAUUGAUUAUAAAAUUCAUUUAAUCCCAAAGUUUGGAUUAUGAUAUUUGAAUUGGAAGGAAAUUUUCUGGUUGGUCACCCAAUUUUCCUUAGGCGUUACUCGCAAAUUUGAGUGGGGGGUGUAUUAGUAUAUAUAGUUAAUGCAUGAAGAGAUUCUUCACAAGCUGUGUCUCAAAGUUUCACUCCCACUCGAAACAUAAGAAAUCUCACUCUCACUCUCAGGUGUUGAAAUUCUUGUUAGACUGAACAAUACUUGUGCCGGUGUUGGAUACCGAACAAGCCUUCAAUAUGAAGUGUUGAUGCUAAAUAGAUGUUAAACACACACGUAGAACACAUCACAAAUAAUGGCAGGAAACAUCUCUGGUCCAAGUGUGAGCAAUGCUGCUAAUAUUUUGCUGAAUCAUGACUUCUCAAAUGACCUGAACUCUUGGCAUCUCAAUUGCUGCAAUGGCUAUGUAAUUUCGUCCAAAGCAGGUGGUCAAGGUGUAAAUUUGAUGGAUUCGGAUUGUAAUUAUGCUGUUAUCACCGACCGAAACGAAGGCUGGCAAGGUCUUGAGCAAGAUAUCACAGACAGAAUUUCCAUUGGUUCUGCUUACACGGUUUCGGCUUUUGUUGGAGUAUCCGGCCUUUCUCAGGAAUCUGUUGAUGUGAAAGCUACACUGAAACUAGAAUAUCAUGAUUCAGCUACAAAUUAUUUGUUCAUUGGAAGAUCUUCUGUUAUGAAGGGUAGCUGGGAAAAGUUAGAAGGAACAUUUUCACUGUCCACUAAACCCGAUCGGGUUGUAUUUUAUUUGGAAGGACCUGCUCCUGGAAUUGACUUGCUUAUAAGAUCAGUAGAGAUCAACUGUUCCAUUCCAAAUGACAAUAAGUUCAUAAGUACAGAAGCAUGUGUUUCUACUGGAGAUGAAAGCAUCAUAAUAAACCCACAAUUUGAGGAUGGCCUGAAUAAUUGGUCUGGAAGGAGCUGCAAGAUUGUGUUGCAUGAUUCCAUGGCAGAUGGUAAAAUUGUUCCAAAGUCUGGGAAAUAUUUUGCAUGCGCAACAGAACGAACACAGUUCUGGAAUGGAAUUCAGCAGGAGAUAACUGGACGUGUGCAGCGCAAGUUGGCCUAUGAGAUCACUGCUUUAGUUCGAAUAUAUGGCAACAAUGUCACUAAUGCCGAUGUACGAGCUACUUUGUGGGUUCAAACACCAGACCUCCGAGAGCAGUAUAUAGGCAUUGCAAAUGUGCAGGCAACCGAUACAGAUUGGGUGACGCUGCAGGGAAAAUUCCUUCUAAAUGGUCCCACAUCCAAAGCGGUCCUUUAUUUAGAGGGACCUCCUUCUGGCACCGACAUUCUUGUUAAUACUUUGGUUGUAAAGCAUGCUGCUAAAACACCUCCUUCAACACCACCAGCUGCACAGAAUGUUGCUUUUGGAGUUAAUAUAAUUGAGAACAGCAAUCUUUCUGAUGACACAAAAGGCUGGUUUACCCUUGGUAAUUGCCCUUUAACUGUUAAAACCGGUUCUCCUCAUAUACUUCCACCAAUGGCAAGAGAAUCUCUUGGACCUCACGGAAUCCUAAGUGGCCGCUACAUACUUGUAACUAAUAGGACUCAAACUUGGAUGGGUCCUGCUCAGGUGAUCACCGAGAAAUUAAAGCUAUUUUUGACUUAUCAAGUAUCUGCUUGGGUCCGGAUUGGUUCCAGUUCAAAUGGACCACAGAAUGUGAAUGUUGCCCUUGGUGCUGACAAUCAGUGGAUCAAUGGAGGACAAACCGAGGUUUCGGAUGAUAGAUGGCAUGAAAUUGGUGGAUCCUUUAGAAUUGAAAAGCAGCCAACAAAGAUUAUGGUUUAUAUCCAAGGUCCAGCUUCUGGUGUAGACUUAAUGGUUGCCGGACUUCAAAUUUUCCCUGUUGAUAGACAUGCAAGAUUUAGAUAUUUAAAGAUGCAGACAGACAAGAUUCGGAAGCGCGAUGUUGUCCUGAAAUUUGCCGGACUAGACUCUAGCAGCUACCUUAACACCAUGGUGCAAGUUAGACAAACACAAAACAAUUUCCCGAUUGGAACAUGCAUCAGCAGAUCAAACAUCGACAAUGAAGAUUUUGUCAACUUCCUUGUGAAACACUUCAACUGGGCUGUGUUUGCAAAUGAGUUGAAGUGGUAUUGGACUGAGCCACAACAAGGGAAUUUGAAUUACAAAGACGCUGAUGAUCUUUUAACCUUGUGUCAGAAGUACAAGAUCCAAACUCGUGGACACUGCAUCUUUUGGGAAGUGGAUGGAACCGUUCAACAAUGGGUCAAGUCGCUGAAUAAAAACGAUCUGAUGACGGCCGUUCAAAACCGCUUAACCAGUCUUCUAACUCGCUACAAAGGUAAGUUUAGUCACUAUGAUGUUAACAAUGAAAUGCUGCAUGGUUCAUUUUACCAAGAUAGAUUAGGCAAAGAUAUAAGGGCAAACAUGUUCAAGACUGCAAACCAACUAGAUCUGUCCGCUACAUUGUUUGUGAAUGAUUAUCAUAUUGAAGAUGGAUGUGAUACAAGAUCGUGUCCAAAUAAAUACAUUGAACACAUUCUUGAUUUGCAAGAACAAGGUGCACCUGUUGGUGGAAUUGGAAUUCAAGGACACAUAGAUAGUCCAGUUGGGCCUGUUGUUUGUUCUUCACUUGAUAAAUUAGGUAUUCUUGGUUUACCGAUAUGGUUUACAGAACUUGAUGUGUCUUCUAUGAAUGAAUAUGUGAGAGGUGAUGAUCUUGAAGUUAUGCUUAGGGAAGCCAUGGCUCACCCUGCUGUUGAAGGGAUAAUGUUGUGGGGAUUCUGGGAGUUGUUUAUGAGUAGGGAUAAUGCACAUUUGGUGAAUGCAGAAGGUGAUAUUAAUGAAGCUGGAAAAAGGUUUCUAGCUUUGAAACAAGAGUGGCUAUCUCAUAGUCAUGGUCAUGUUAAUGAACAAGGUCAAUUCAACUUUAGAGGAUUUUAUGGAACAUAUAAUGUGGAAAUUGUGACACCAUCAAAGAAAAUUUCUAAGACAUUUGUGCUUGAUAAAGGUGAUUCCCCAAUGGAGGUGUCAAUUGAUUUAUAAGCAAAGUAUAUUGCUAUGAAUUAAUGCCUGUCUUUUUAUUUUCUUUCUUAUCAUUGGGUUUGAUGAAACACAAUGAUGUAAAUUGUAAUGUUGUCUCUAAUGUGUACUGCCACCUUGGCAAAUAAAUAAAAUGGUUUUACCUCUUGGUUAUUCUAAUUUGUGUUGUAA